AUGAUAGUCCAGAUAAGAAACAAGUUGUUAGAUAGGUAUAUAUGGUUUAUUGGUGUGUUGAUGUUGGUCGGAGCCACGUGGUGUUUCAAUCAAGACGAGCUGGUGAACGGAUCAGUGGAAAACCCAACCCAGUCAGAGCCUGAUGAAAGUGAGCAGGUGUCAACUGGGUAUGCUACUAUAGCCCAAGACGAGUUGAGAAGAGACUGGGAAGCUUGUCAACUACUCCCAAUUGUUGAAGGAGCACUUCAAAGAUCAACCCAAUCUUGGUCACCAAUGCCGCGUGUGGCCAUAGAGUGCAUUUGGAUCGCGCCUGAAUGCUUCCGGUACACCCACCCCAUGGGAACUUAUCAAAUUUGUGUUGCUGAAAUAAAGGUAUCGCACCGAUUGGCUGACAAAGUUGAGGUCAAGGACUGCUAUCUGAUCCGGGUGCUGGUAAAGGGCGAUUUGUCGCGCCCAUCUCAUUCCAUCCACCGCGAAUUUAUUAAGCAAAUAAACGAGAUCACAACCACAUACCAAACCAGAACAAUUCAUUUUCUGUUUGAGUGGUGUAAUGAGAGGAUAAAAGAUCAGCCGUCGUAUGAGUAUUUGGAUAUAAAAUGGUAUAACCAACAGCUGGCCAAGGCCCGAGUUGAUUUAGACCGAUCUUUUGCUCUGUUGAUAAGCCCGCGGUUCUAUACUGACAACUGUCGUGAGUUUGAUGAUAAAGCGAAGUUUUACCAAAAUAUGAUGGGGGGUAAAUGUAACCCAAUCUGGGGAGUGUUUAUAUUAAUCGAAACGAUUGUCUGUACGAAUAACUGCCAGGACAUCGAACUUUCUGCGCUCGGUAUGAUGAUACAGAAGAAGUAUAUUCGGGUUUUUAGUAUUGUGAUAGAAAACAUAAAUGUUCAAACGGUGUGCCUGACAUUACCUUUUCUCCCACGACAGGACGGCGCUAGGUACUGGCGUACGUUGGAGCGGCUGACUCUUUAUAUGCCACAUGCUAAGUUAAAUGAGCUUUCUUUAUCUAGUCAAUUGGUUGUUCAUACCAUUGAGCUGAGAACAUUGAGCUGGGCAGACGGGCUAUAUAAUGCUGUUGGCUUGAAUAAGCAGUCGGUGUUUUUGAGGAUGUUGGAAGUUGUUAUCAAUCUUGAUGAUAGCACAAAUGAUCCAGCCAACAUGGUCAUGGUCCGUCUGAUGUUAAAGGAUUGGCAUAUUCAUAUGAUACAGGUUUUGCCUCUAUCUAAUAACAAUCCCAAUACUAACCCUAACUUCUGCGAUCGUAUAAUUUGCUCACAGCUUGUGCGCCUAAUAACAGCCAUCAGGUUUGUUAAGGGCCAGAUUGUAGAGAGUGCCUCAGUUGGCCAGGAAGACUUUACCUCGCGACUCAUCAAUAGCAAUGUUGACUGGUCGAAAAAUGAAGAAAUAUACAACAAUCGCGGUUUGAGAUGCCAUAUCGAUAAAGCCGACAUGCUAGUGUACUGUAUUAUGCGACUGACGGUGUGUUUUACCGCCUUUCUCGAUGAUUUUUAUGAUCCGAACAGAACCUUGCCCGCAGUGGCUGGCUAUGAGCAACAACGGCAAGAUUUAUCUGAUGCCGAAGCAGUUAUGGUUGUGGUAGUAGAGUCUUUUAUUAACCGCUUCUCUUCUUUAAAGCUGCCUUGGGAUAUUCUUGAAUACAGUUUCCAAAAAGUCUUUAACGUCGGCCGACUCUGUAAGCAACUGUAUACAAGCUCGAAUGAUUAUGCAGCUUUGCCUCUUCUUACCGAAACCAUCUCUCUGGCCUCUCUAGCGGCCACUGUUGCUUAUACUCUUAUGCUUCAAAGUGCAACGGGCGGCGGUAUGAUUGUUUUAGGCGCGUAUAAAACACAACUGCAAAACUAUAAAACACAAUUGCAAGAUCUCUUGACACCAUCUGAAAACAACACUUUAGAUCAGCAAUCCAACCUAAUCUAA